AUGGAAGUCCCCAAAUCCCCUUCGAAAUACAAACGGAUUGCCAAACACAAAUGGCUCAUAAAAUUCGGUUUAGUCAUUUUGGUGAUGCUGCUUUUGUUUCUGGGUUUUUAUCUUGAGGCAGAUACCGGCAAACUCUAUGCGUCGCCGUAUUACACUGUGGUUGUGGAUUGUGGAAGCACUGGGACACGGGUGAAUGUGUAUGAGUGGGUUGUAGGGGUGAAGGGAAUAAGCAAAGGGAACUUGCCAGUGUUGCUGCACUCGUAUCCUGAUAAUACUGCUUUGGAGCCUUUGAUUGUGUGGGCAGAACAAGUGGUGCCGCGCGAAAUGCGCGGCGAUACUCCUGCUUUUGUGUUUGCUACUGCUGGAUUGAGGGGGCUCCCCAGGGAGGAUGCUGAUAGGAUCUUGGGAGAUAUUGAGGUUGUUGUGAAAGAUCAUAGCUUUAUGAUGAGCAAGAACUGGAUAAAGGUUUUGAGUGGGAAUGAGGAAGCUUAUUAUGGCUGGGUGGCUUUGAACUACAAAAUGGGCACCUUUGAAGAUAACAUUCCAAAGUCUCCCACUUUGGGACUUGUUGAUUUGGGUGGCUCGUCUUUGCAGAUUGUGGUAGAGAUAGAUGGUUCAGGUGAUGAUAAGCACGUGAUGAGAUCAAGGCUCAGAUCAAUGGAGCAUCGGAUUAUGGCAUCCUCAUUGCCGGCAUUUGGCUUAAAUGAAGCGUUUGAUAGGACAGUUCUUAUGCUCAGAAACAAUCAAAGUGAGGAAAGGACUGCUAGUAUCUCUGAGCUCAGACAUCCUUGUCUAGUAUCAACUUUAAUACAAAACUAUACAUGCCAUUCUUGCUCUGGAUUGUCUUCCACUUAUCAGAAAACUCAUAGCCAACACCAGGAAAGUGAACUUUAUUCAUUUCGUCUUACUGGAGAACCUGAUUGGGAUCAAUGCAAAGAACUAGCUAUUGCUGCUGCCAUGAACUUGAGUGAUUCCAAAGUGUCACAUCUGACAGUUAGCCAAAAUUGUCAUGCUAGUUCAUUUUCUCGUAUUGGCACUGAUAUACUUAAUUUAACGGCUGUUGCACGCCCAAUCAAGUUUCAUGCUUUAUCUGGCUUCUUUUUUGUCUACAACAAGCUAAAUUUGAGCCCAAGAGCCAACAUAUCAAUGAUUUGGGAGUCAGGCAAGCAAAUAUGUUCAAAUUUAUGGUCUGGCUUGAGAAGUGUGUCUGACAAUCCAAAUUAUGCUGGACAAUUUUGUUUCCGGGUGGCUUACAUGGCAUCAUUGAUUGAUUAUGGUCUGUGUCUUGGUGAUGUUGAAACGGUAUUUGGUCCAGGUGACAUUUCGUGGACUUUAGGAGCUGCAUUGAUUGAAGGCGAAUUUUUGUGGUUAAACCGUACAAGCCACAAUGCCCAUGCUAUUAUUUCAACUUUAAAGAAUGUCAAGAUUGGGAACCUGCAAGACUAG